AUGUUCAACAUCGAUUGGAAGGGCCUUGCCCUGCCCUUUGCCUAUGUUCUCGUCCUCGGCAGCGCACUCAUGACAUUCUCGACCAUCUAUCGAAAGAGAAAAGCUGCCGAGAGUGCCAACUUGGCUCCGUGGUUCGGCCCUCACCUCCAGCGCAACGUCUACCUGUCCCUGCUACACCUCGAGGACGGCUCCGAAAAGGGCCCCAAGAUACCCGAAAGCGUCCUACGAGCUGCCCUUUUGCGUCGCGCCGUCGAGGAUAUCCGUCGUCUGAUCCAGAUCAAGUCUGCCAAGCAAGCAUGUGGUUCUCUGCUGCAACGAGGCAGUGUGGGUGAUGAUCUAUGGCAGCGAUUCCAACGCGCCGAGAAGGAGAUGGAGGAGGAGCUCAGAGAUGUCGUCACAGAGGCCAACGCUCUCGCUCCAAACUGGGGCCAGUCCAUCUUCCAAUCCGCCCACGAAAUGACGGCCAAUGCUACCAUGCGCAGCUCAAUCGAAGAGAUACUCGCCCAAGCCGAGUCAGAGAAGCAGUGGUGGGAGAAGCGCCGAGGACAGAUCCAGUCAGAGUUCAUGAAGGAGCUCGACGGCUCUGAGCAGAGCUCUUCGGCCAAGACUCCUAGCGAGGAGGAUGCCGUUAUGGUCGACACGCCCUCAAAGAAGAAAGGCAAGAAAUAA